AGUUGCCGCUAAGAACUGCAAUCAUAUGUGAUUUGAAGUGAUUGUCAAGACUGAUUCUGGGGAAACCCUUAUACCUCCUGCCAUUCUUCGUCCUAUUCACAGAAUGUCCAAGACAUUCGGAGUCCCUUGGCCGGAUUUCAACGACGGCUUAACCUACAACGACGUCGUCUCAGCCUCCGAUUCUGAGUUGACACUGAUCGACUACUACUCCAGCAAGCACAAGAAUUCCGCUCCCUUGCAAGGAUGGCUACAGCGGAUCAACAAAGGACAGAUAACAGUCGAUGGGACAGUUGUUACGGAGCCCAAGACAAUUCUCAGAGCUGGUUCAAAACUAGUCUAUCACCGACUACCUUGGCAAGAGCCUGAUGCACCAUACUUGCUAGAGAUUUUAUAUGAAGAUGAUGAUGUGAUUGCUCUAAAUAAGCCUUCUGGUCUACAAGUUCUACCUGGUGGACUUUUCCAGCAACGGACUGUUUUGACACAGCUCCAAUGGCAGGCCAACAAGCAAAACUCUUUGCCAGCAUGCCAAGAAUCACAUUCUGUUCCUGUUCAUCGCCUUGGAAGGGGCACAUCAGGAAUAUUGCUCUGUGCAAAGACAAAGCUUGCCAAAACUCGCCUUGCAGCAUAUUUUGCAGAUGGAACAUCAGUUGUAGGGGGCAACAGAGAUGCUGAUAUGAAGUCGAGGACAAUGAGGAAAAUAUCAAAGAUAUAUCGGGCACUAGUAAAUGGCAUACUUGACAAGGAUGAGAUUGUUAUCGAGCAGCCAAUCGGAAUGGUGCGAUAUCCUGGGGUUGCCAAAGGGCUGUAUGUUGCUUCUCCCUCAGGGAAACCAUCUUUGAGUAAAGUUUCCAUUCUUGAGAGAGAUGUUCAAGGAGACCACACGAUUGUCCAGGUUGAGAUUCAGUCAGGACGGCCACAUCAAAUUCGCAUUCAUCUUUCUUUCAUAGGGCACCCACUGUUAGGUGAUCCUCUUUAUGUUCCUGGUGGUCAACCAAAGUGCUGUGAUGCUGAAUUUACCAAUGAAAGUUAUGCACUAGACGGAGGGUAUCAACGGCCAGUGAAACCUGUUCCUGGAGAUUGUGGAUACCAUUUGCAUGCACAUCAAUUGGUUCUUUCCCACCCGACCACAAAUGAGGUGAUUAAAAUCACUGCCCCUCUCCCACCUGUCCUAAGAACUAGAGGCGAGGAAGAGGAACUGACCGAGGCUGAGGCUGAGGCUGAGGCUGGAGAGGUCGACCUUGGCAGCGGAGAUGGUUUCAGACUCAUUUCUGACACCAGUGCCCAUACCUGAACUCAGUUUUGAGUGUGGAUCAACAAAACGGACGUCAGCCUUGAAUUCAACCUCGGUUUGAGGGAGCCAGCCUGAAUGAGGUCAAAGUUUUGACUUACGUAACAUAAUGCAGUGUAUUGAUAUCACAUUCAACCCAUCCCUACUCGAUUGAAAGAACGAACAUCUACAGAGACACAAAUCUAAUAUUAUUGGGUAUGAAUGCUUCAACUAUUAAAUUAUUUAUUGUCAGUUACUGUGAAAAUACUAAUAAGCAUUUACGUUGGUUAUUGUGUUUGCUA